UCAAGAUUAAAAAAUUAUGAAGUCCAUGGCACCCUGGUUUCCAAACCUCGUUGUACGGUUACCUGAUCAGUUUUUGUUGUUGUUUAUCAUCAUCCUACUAUUUCUUUGUUCUUCUACUACUUGUUUUGCAAUAAGUGGAGAGGCAGAGGCUCUUGUGAAAUGGAAGGACAGCCUUGAUAUGAAUCCAACUACUCAUUCUCUUCUCCGCUCUUGGAAUCUCAAUUCUACUGUUUCAACUUCUCACCGUCUUUAUAAUAAUACCCCCUGUAACUGGGUUGGGAUCACUUGUAACGGCUUUGGCAGUGUCAUCAACAUUACUCUUUACAGCAGUAAUCUGAAAGGUACGCUUCACCACUUCAACUUCUCCUCCUUUCCCAGCUUACUCGUGCUUAGCCUAUACAACAACUCCCUUUAUGGAAGUAUCCCCAUGCACAUUGGCAACCUUUCCACACUCACCUCACUUGACAUAGGGAUCAAUCAUCUCUCUGGAAAUAUUCCUUCCCAAAUAUGCCUUUUGACAAGUUUACGCUUCCUUGCUUUGGCUAACAAUUAUUUGAAUGGCUCUAUACCACCUCAAAUAGGCAUGUUAAUGUCUCUUGAAGUGAUGUAUGUUUAUAGUAACAAUCUUUCAGGUUCAAUUCCUGUGUCCAUUGGAAACUUGAGCAAGUUAACUGAGUUAGAACUUGGUGAAAACAAAAUAGUUGGGUCCAUCCCCAGUGAGAUUGGACGGCUUAAGUCACUCACUAUCCUUUAUUUGUAUGAUAACCAACUCACUAGCUCAAUUCCUGUGUCCAUUGGAAACUCAAGCAGGUUAACUGAUUUGGAACUUUGUACAAACAAAAUAGUUGGGUCCAUCCCCAAUGAGAUUGGACAGCUUAAAUCACUCACUUUCCUUUAUUUGUUUGAUAACCAACUCACCGGUUUAAUUCCUGUGUCCAUUGGAAACUUGAGCAUGUUAUUUGAUUUGGGACUUAAUGGAAACAAAAUAGUUGGGUCCAUCCCCAAUGAGAUUGGGCAGCUUAAAUCACUCACUAUCCUUUAUUUGUGGGGUAACCAUCUAACUGGCUCCAUACCUUGGUCAAUCGGACAGCUUAAACAUCUUGAACAGAUUGACUUGUCUUUCAACCAUCUAAGUGGCUCAAUUCCUGCAUCCAUUGGAAACCUUACAUCCCUUGCCUACUUUAGUUUGUUCACUAACAACAUUACAGGGUCCCUUCCUCCUGAAAUGAAUAACCUUACAAAUCUGGAAGAGCUUUUAUUAAGCAAUAACUUCUUGUAUGGCUAUCUUCCAGAAAACAUUUGUCUGGGUGGGAGACUUAAAAAGAUUGCAGUAAGCUAUAACCAUUUUACAGGUUCUAUUCCAAAAAGCAUGAGAAACUGCAACUCUGUAGUCCGUGUUUUACUUGGAGUGAAUGAAUUUACAGGAAAUAUGUCAGAAGACUUUGGAAUAUACCCAAACCUGGUCUACAUGGAAUUAGGCAACAAUAAGUUUUUUGGAAAACUUACUAGAAAUUGGGGACACUGUCAAAAACUAACUAUGCUGAACAUCUCUAACAAUAAAGUUUCUGGCAUGCUACCUCCUGAACUUGGGAAAGCUACUCAAUUGCAGAAACUUGAUCUGUCGUCCAAUCUUCUUGUAGGGAAAAUUCCAAAGGAAUUGGGCCAAUUGAGAUUGCUUUACAUUCUUAAACUCAAUAAUAAUACACUUUCUGGAAAUGUUCCUGCUCAAAUUGGGAUGUUAUUUGACCUUCAACAGCUUGACCUUGCAGACAACAAAUUGGGUGGACCAUUUCCCAAACAUUUGGAGCGGUGUGCAAACCUAGAAAACUUGAACUUGAGAAGCAAUAGAUUCAAUGGGGCUGUUCCUUUUCAGAUUGGGAAUUUUCACUCUCUUCGAAAUGUUGAUCUAAGUCGGAAUAUGCUUAUAGGAGAUUUGCCUCCAGAGCUUGGAAAUUUGUUCUUGUUAGAAACACUCAACCUAUCCCAUAACAAUUUCAUAGGCUCAAUACCAGCUUCAUUUCAAAAGCUAGUAAGUUUGACAUCCGUUGAUGUAUCCUACAAUCAAUUAGAAGGUCCUCUUCCCCACAUCAAAGCUUUCAUUGAAGCUCCUUUGGAAGCCUUGGAAGAUAAUAAAGGGUUGUGUGGUAACAACACUAGUUUGAAGCCUUGCCCCACACCUAAAGAUAAAAAUAGAAAUCAAGCUGUAAUUGCAAUCGUAGUAUCCAUCUCCAGCAUUCUAUUUUUAUUGUUUAUCAUUGUUGGGAUUGUUUUUAUUUGCAAAAGAAGAGUGAGGAAUAUGGAUGAACCAAGAGAAAUACAAACUGAAGCUUUCUUUGCAGCAUGGAACCAUGAUGGGAAAAAAGUUCAUGAAGAAAUAGUUGAAGCAACAGAGAAUUUUGAUUCCAAAUAUUGCAUUGGAGUUGGAGGGAAUGGAAGUGUGUAUAAAACACUGCUAUCAACUGGUCAACUUGUUGCUGUGAAAAAGUUCCAUGAGAAUGAUGGAAUAGACCAUCAACAGGCUUUCAAAAGCGAGACAAGUAUUUUGCCAAAAGUGCGCCAUCGAAAUAUCAUCAAGCUUUUUGGAUUUUGUUCGCAUACAAGAUACUCAUUUUUGGUGUAUGAGUUCAUGGAACUGGGAAGUUUGGUAAAGAUAUUAAGCGACAAUGAAAAGGCAACAGAGUUGGAAUGGUUCAAGAGAGUGAAUAUUGUCAAAGGUUUGGCAAAGGCGACAUCCUAUCUGCACCAUGAAUGUUUUCCAGCUAUAGUCCACAGAGACAUAUCUAGUAAGAAUGUUCUGUUGGAUGAUGAAUGUGAAGCUCACAUUUCUGACUUCGGCUCUGCUACAACUUUAGAUCCAGACUCAUCAAAUUGGAUUCCAUUUGCAGGAACCUUAGGUUACUCAGCCCCAGAGCUUGCUUAUACAAUGGAAGUAAAUGAGAAGAUUGAUGUCUACAGCUUCGGAGUUGUUGCAUUAGAAUCUAUCAUGGGAGAGCAUCCUGGAGACCUCAUAUCAUCUCUGUUAUCAUCACCACUACAUGCUGUUGAUGUUCUGCUUAAGGAUGUACUUGACCAACGUCUCUCACCUCCAAAGCAGCAAAUAGCAGACCAAGUGGUCUCCAUUGCAGAAAUAGCAUUUGCGUGCGUGCGACAAAGUCCACAGUCACGACCAACUAUGAAGCAAGUAUCUCAGAAGCUGUCGACUCCAUUACAAUCAUUAUCAGUGCCUUUUCAUAUGGUUACAAUAAAGCAGCUGUUUGAUUCCCCAACAUGGACAUCCUAAAUUGCUGCAGUUUCUCCUUCUUUUUGAUUGCCUACAUGUCUGUGUGCAUUUUCUUUCACUCUGCCUUUCUUCAUUUCGUCACUGAGUUGUUUUCCUUUUCUUGCUUAUUAAAUUAGCCUAAGCUUGGAUAUUCCAAGACUUGGCAGUGUAACGUCUUAAUGAGUAAAGAGACUUUAUUUA